GUGUGUAGAAUAUCGCUUGAUGCCUGUUGCUUUUCUAAUUUCCUCCAUUUAUCAGAUUCAUUGAAGUUCUUUUAAUUAUUUUUCGUUGCCUUUUCAAUUUAAUAUUUACGUUUGUAAUAUUUAAAAUGUCGUACCAAUUAUAUAGGAACACUACAAUUGGAAAUACACUACAAGAAAGCCUUGAUGAAUUGAUUCAAUAUGGACAAAUUACCCCAACACUGGCGGUAAAAGUACUACUACAAUUUGAUAAGUCAAUAAAUCAAGCAUUAUCAAACAGGGUUAAGUCUCGUUUAACAUUCAAAGCAGGAAAGUUAAAUACGUACAGGUUUUGUGAUAAUGUAUGGACAUUCAUGCUGAAUAAUGUGGAAUUCAGAGAAGUUCAAGAAAUUGCUAAGGUGGAUAGGGUGAAAAUAGUUGCUUGUGAUGGCAAAAAUGUUGAGGAGCGGAGGUAAUAAUGGAAAUUUUAUUAUUAUUUAUUAAGGUGUUAUGUUAAGGUUUGUUUAAAAUACUGUGUCAAAAAUGCAAGUUUGGAAACUCAUAAUAAUUAUUUUGUUGACAAAAAAAUAAUAAUAUUUCAAUGGUGGUUUAUGUCCUACUCUUCACCUCUUCUACUGUGUUUAUUCAUUUCAUACUUAAUUAAUUACUCUCAUAAAUUUAAUAAAA